CUUUCGCCAUUUGUUUCGUGUUUGUGAAGAAAAAUUGAAAUUGAGGUUUUCUUUGCUCUUGUGUUUUUGAUAAGACAGAAGUUUUAAAGUAAAAUGACUCCACCUACAGAAGAUAGCGAAGACGUAGUAGAGAAAAAUAUUUUCAAUCUUAUUUCUAACAAUAAUCUAAAUGGUUUGAAGGCAAUACUAGCACAGCAAAACUUCAACGCUGAUCUGACUGAUGAACAUGGAAUGACACCCCUUCAACAUGCAGCUUAUAAAGGCAAUAAAGAAAUAUCGCAAAUGCUUCUAGAUCAGGGCGCUGAUGUGAACUCAGGUAAGCAUGAGCAUGGCUACACGGCUCUCCACUUUGCUGCUCUGUCAGGCAAUUGCGAGCUGUGCCAACUGCUUCUCUCGGCUGGGGCGAAGAGUCGCGCUACCAACUCAGUGGGCCGAACGGCAUCUCAAAUGGCUGGGUUUGUUGGCAACCAUAACUGUGUAGCAGUAAUAAAUAAUUUCAUCCCGAAAUCGGAAGUCGAUUAUUACACAGUUACUAGAGGAUUGGAGAAAGAACCGAUUUUACCCCCCGCACUAGCAACUGCCUUUCACAAAUUUAUUAUUAAAGUUAAUGUCCAUCCAGUACGGAUUGCUCUGAAUCUUCAGCCGACAUUGAUAACGAAUUUGCCAGCUGUGAAGAAGGUGCUUGAAAUCAUGAGUGAGAAGGAGAUAUUCCAAAAGCAGGAAGCUAAUGAGGUGAUGGCCUUCAAGUUGCACUACCUUGGAUUCAUUGUGGGAGUUAUCAUCAAGCAAGGUUGUGAGCCAUCUGUGAUUGAACUGCUAGUGAAGAAAAUCUUGCAACCAGUUCGAGGUGAGAAGUAUCUGGACAGACUGAUUCGCGAUUGUGUGCGGGAGUUCACGUUCAGGGAGAGUGCAUUGUUCAGACAGUUGGUAACCAGCCUUGCGUCACAGGAUGGCGAGAGCGCGUCGGCUCUGGCCAUUAUAACGGCGGCCAUUAACGGCCAGCGCGGCUUCGUAGACACAGAUGUGUCAGCGUGUGUCACUUGCGCCGAGAAUGGCGCACUCAAAAAGUGCUCCAAGUGCAAAAAAGUGCAGUACUGCGACCGCGAAUGUCAGCGACUGCACUGGUUUGUGCACAAAAAGGAGUGUGAACGACCUUCCACAACGGCUACUCCAGUAUCUAGCUCUUCUACGACUGAUGGUAGCACUCUAGUAUCUGGCUCCUCUACGACUGACGGUAGUACUCCAAGAUCUGGCUCCUCUACGACUGAAGGUGGCACUCCAGUAUCUGCUACAUCUACGACGACUGAUGACAAAACAGAGACAAAAUCUGACACAACAAAGCAAUCUUAACCUAACUUGACUUAACUUAAUAUUAUUAAGGCACGGUUGCACGACAAAAGCCGGUUAAAUUUUAACCGUGAUUAAUUCCACGAGAACCGUCUUUUGAAAAGACGGCUUCUCUGAUUUGCUCUCGCAGAAUUAAUCACGAUUAAAAUUUUAUCCAACGUAGGCUACGUGCAGCCGGCAUUAGGUCGUCUAUUUAGAAGUGCCCAGCUGUGUUCUGUACUCCAAAGAUAACCCCCAAAACAUCACAUAUUUUUAUUGUUAAUUGAUAUUAUUUCUCAAUCAUGUCGUCUGGUAUUUCUAUUACUGUUUAACACUCUUAGAACAAUCAGUCAAUUGAUCUAAUCAGUAAUUAGAUGCAGAAAAUCCUGUAAGAUUGAUUAUUGUAGCCUACAUCAAGACGUAUUGAUCUUCCACAUUCAUAGGCGGAAGUUAUUCACUGUACAUUGAUUGAAGAUAAAGACCUCGUUCUGCAUAUGCAUAGGUACAGAACCUGAAUGCAUAGGUACAGGUUCAUUGAAACAAAUAUAAAUUAGGUGUAACUUUUUAAAUAUUUAAUGUUCAACUCCAAAUCAACUGAUUGAUACUUGACCUUAGUUGGUGCAUUCAAGAAUUUCUUGUGCGGGAGUGUUUAAUACCAUAGAGAAACAAUAGUGUUAGUAGAUAUCUCAUGGUAUAAGGUUUUUAUGUCGCAACUUUUACUGUUAACUCAAGCCGAUUACUGUCGAUUAUUGUUAAUUUUUACUGUUUUGUUGAGGUGAGAGUGUAUGAACGGCACAAUAUGAGAGGCUACCAGCGUCACACAGCUUCAUGGUCUAUCGGCUUGAGUUAACAUUGAAAACUGUGACAUAAACGCCCUAUACCAUGGGAUAUCUACUUACGCUAUUGUCUCUCUAUGGUAAUACCAAGAAACGUCAAUACACAUGAUCAACCCUUACCUGUAUAAUGUGCAGUGACUAUAGAAGACCUUUAUAGACAUUGCAAUCAAUUCUUACCAUCAGCGCGUGUCAAAAUAAUAUUGUAAUUUUCAAUAUCAAUGAACUUGUUAUUUUCAAUGUUACAUCAAAUUAUGUUUUAUCAUUGACUUAGUUUGAAAACAAAUGCAAUAUAUGAAACUGUUCUCUUGGAACGGAAUAACUUGUAGUAUGAAAAUAAACUCUAGUAAAUUCACUAACCAGUUAAUAUAAGUGCAUUUUUUAUUAGGAUUAUCAUAGUUUGUUUCUGUCAAAUUAAUUUGAAUGAUGCAAUUUUGUUGUGUCUAUUUUAGAAAUGCAGAUUGUAUUCACCGAUAUUUUGUAGUUAGGUAACUCACUUCAAUUCUGGUUUUAUUACCUAAUUACCUCUUGAAUGACAGUCUUCCUUGGUUUUCUUAUUACAGCCUUUUUGGAGAAUGAGAUUGUAAACUCAAUUGUAUUAUAUUCUCUUUCAUAAAAUAUCUAAUUCAUAUUCUUGUUUACAUCUACAAGAUUGUAUUGAAGGUUGAAGGUGACAGAUUAUUAUAAAAUACUCAGGUUAAGCUUUAAAUAAUUGUUAGGUUGUGUUGUUUUAAGAUUAUAGUCAAUGCAAUAAUUUAUAUGGGUUUGUAGAAGUAUAGUAUCUACUGAAAUCAAUUAUUUAAAAUAAUGAUGAAUAUGGUAAAAACGAUUUUAAAUUGACCAAAAUUUGUAAGCUGAUUUAAUCGGCUAUGGGUAGAUAUGGCUUACCGUCCGAAUCAAGGACCAAAUUGAUAUUAUUUAGAAAUAUAUCUCAUUUUAGAAGAUGGACUACAAUAAUUUCAAAAAAUAUAUGUUACUCUGUCUAUCUGAUAAACAGUUUUCAAUAAGUAUUUCAUUUAUUUUUCGUAUUCUGCAAUAGCUGUAUACCUGUACCUACUCUGUAAUAAUAACACAAAUCUGUAAUAGCAACAUGAUUAUGGUGGAAAAUAUUAAACAGUAUUGUGACACUAAAUAAAGCAUAUUAUUCGUUCAUGGUUUCCAGAAAUUCUUUUCAACUCUUCAAUUUGACAAAUUUAUUUUAAUUCAUCAAUUUAUCGUAAACUAUAUAAAGUUUUAUAGUUUUUUUUUCAAUUUAUAUAAACUAUAAAGACUAUGCAAUAAGGAACUAUUUUGCGCAGAUUAGGUUGUGUAUAGAAACAUAACAGUAAGGUUUGGAAUAAUAAAGAGCUUAUAAAAUAUAAUUAUAGUACAAUAAUACUAUUUUUAUUCUUGUUUCAUUAUUUUAUCAAUUUUAAAGGAUACUAUCAAUCAAUCAAUAAUUUAUUUUCCUUCAUACAAUGCAUACAUGAAUGUCUAUAGUUACAUAAAUACAAUUAAUUGACAAUUAACAAAAUAAGUUAAAAGUAGAAUAGUAUUAUUAUUUACGGAAAGUCCCUGAAAACACUACCUGAGCGCAGGAGCCGAGUGUUACUAAAAACAAAAUUAUUUCUAAGAUAAAUAAAAUUGGUGGAUUCCUAUUAACAUCUAAAUUUUAAAAAAAUUACAAAGAAGAAAAGUAGAAAAAAGUAAGAAAAUAUGAGUUAAUAAAAUAAAAAGCAGACAUUCUUGAAUGAUUGUGAACUUAUCCUAGUUACAAUAUUAAAAGAAUCACUUAUCCUAGGAUGUGAAGAAGCAAUCCAUAAAUCUAUCUCUCUCAGAAGUCUUCCAUUCAAAUUAUCUGUUAUAAAAAGAGCAGGUAUCACAUUUAUAAGCUUAUGAACAAUGUAAUCAAACUGUCUUCUACAAAUGGAUAGAACUGCAUUGUGUGGUUCAAAGGUAAUGGUUGAGAUUCAUUUACGGAUAUUGUUGGACGGAGAUUGUAAGGCGAUAUACGCAGGUUGAAAAGUUCUCUAUGUCUAUUAAUGUAAAUAAUUAAAUUCUAUAAUUAUAUUUUAUAAAUACAAGAAAGUAGCCCUGAAUUAAUACAUUUUAAGAAAUAGCUUAUUGAUUCUUGAGUUGUAAGAAAAUAUAAAAUUCGAAUUAGAUAUGUUUUUCAUUCAAUUAUAAAUCUUAUCUAUAAACAUGUUUCAUUUUACGUGUACAGUAACUUUCUUCAAAUUCGUAGUCUGUGGAAAAUAAUUUUUUGUUGGCUAAUUUUUGUAAACAAUAAUCAAAUACGGUAGUCUGUUGAAUCCAGGUAACAGCGGUGUGUUAUAGCAUUAUAGAACUAUAUAGCAUUAUAAUUAUGCUAUAUAGCAUUAUAAUUAUGCUAUAUAGCAUUAUAGCAUUAUAUGUGUUACAGCAUUAUAGAACAAGGACUAUAAAUACUACGUACGAGGUUUUUAUAGAUCUUGUUAUAGAAGCUCCUUAAAACAAUGUUCUUUAACAGGUCCAUGUAUAAAUUUGUGAAUAUGGAGUAUUCUCUCUAACUUGUAUUGUUUGCCGACUACGAGAGAAAACCCUUAUAAUGUCGUUUAUUAGAGCAUGUAAUAAUCAUUCAGUUCUGAAAUGCUCCAGAUUGGUCAAGAAUUGUUGAUUGAACAUUA